UAAACAAAUAAUAGGGUAGAGAGGGUCUUCGAAGUCAUGCGGGGAUUACCCACCAAACUCCUUAGGUCAUAGUACCUGGUUGUUGAACAUAGAAAAUGUUUUGAGGCAUAUCAGUCAAGCACGUGAAACGUUCAGCUACCCUCCAAUCUCCUCCCUCAGCCACCCUUACAUACAUAUAAAAUCCUCUCUUCUCAUAACAAGUUUGCAAGUCAUAUCUUCUACUAGUAAAGUACUCUUUCAGUUCAAUUUGAAGUACUUUGCUAUCCAAAUACAUUUGCUAAUUAAAAGCUUAAUUUUGAGAGAAGAAGCAAAGAUGGUGAGCGUAGCUGAGAUCCGAAAGGCUCAAAGGGCAGAAGGUCCAGCUAACAUCCUUGCCAUUGGCACCGCAAAUCCACCAAACUGUGUUGAACAGAGCACCUAUCCCGAUUUCUACUUCAGAAUCACUAACAGUGAGCACAAAACUGAGCUCAAAGAGAAAUUCCAGCGCAUGUGUGACAAGUCUAUGAUCAAGAGGAGAUAUAUGUACUUGACAGAAGAGAUAUUAAAAGAGAACCCCAAUGUUUGCGCUUACAUGGCACCUUCUUUGGAUGCAAGGCAAGACAUGGUGGUGGUAGAGGUACCAAGACUUGGAAAAGAGGCUGCAACCAAGGCCAUAAAAGAAUGGGGUCAGCCAAAGUCCAAGAUUACCCACUUAGUGGUUUGCACAACAAGUGGUGUAGACAUGCCAGGUGCUGAUUACCAACUCACUAAACUUCUAGGACUUCGCCCAUAUGUGAAGAGAUACAUGAUGUAUCAACAAGGAUGCUUUGCUGGUGGCACUGUGCUUCGUUUGGCCAAAGACUUGGCUGAGAACAACAAAGGUGCUCGUGUCCUUGUUGUUUGCUCUGAGGUUACUGCUGUCACAUUCCGUGGUCCAAGUGACACUCACCUUGACAGUCUCGUUGGUCAAGCUUUGUUUGGGGAUGGAGCAGCUGCUAUCAUUGUUGGUUCUGACCCAAUUCCUGAAAUUGAGAAACCUUUGUUUGAGUUAGUUUGGACUGCACAAACAAUUGCUCCAGACAGUGAGGGAGCCAUUGAUGGUCACCUUCGUGAAGUUGGGCUAACAUUUCAUCUCCUUAAAGAUGUUCCUGGGAUUGUCUCAAAGAACAUUGAUAAGGCUUUGGUUGAGGCUUUCCAGCCAUUGAACAUCUCUGAUUAUAACUCCAUCUUUUGGAUUGCACAUCCAGGUGGACCUGCAAUUUUAGACCAAGUUGAGCAAAAGUUGGGCCUGAAACCUGAAAAGAUGAGGGCCACAAGAGAGGUGCUUAGUGAAUAUGGUAACAUGUCAAGUGCAUGCGUUCUCUUCAUUUUGGAUGAGAUGAGGAAGAAAUCCGUUAAAGAUGGACUUAAAACUACAGGUGAAGGGCUUGAGUGGGGCGUGCUCUUUGGCUUUGGACCUGGACUUACUAUUGAAACUGUUGUUCUGCGCAGUGUGGCUAUCUAAAAUGCCUAAUUAUUUUAUUAAAUUACUGUGUGCAUUACUUUGCAAACUCGCUUAAUGGCUUUGUAGCAACAACAAAAAAGAACUCGUUGUGAGUUUGUUUGAAACUGAAUAAUAGCAAUGGUGUUGCAAUAUCUCUGACCAAACUCAGGAUUGAUACUUGAGUUUUGUCUUGCAGAAAUUUCCUUCACCCAUUGGGAUGUAAUUGAUUUUAGGAUCCCCAAAUGUUGAAGGAGAAGAAGCUUCUCCUUUUAACAAAUUAAUAUUAUAUAU